AACAAAAUAGCCAUAAGUCGUGGUGUAAACACCAUACAUGUAUAAUGAAAAAAAUAAAGGCAUUGCUAUUUCGGAAAGGAUUAGCGAUGUAAAGUGUUGAAUUCCCUUCGGAUGUCGCACUGUGUUGGGCUACAAUGAUAUUAUGGUCAAUAGAGCGAACAACAAGAGGCCAGAAAGAUAAUUGUUGGAAUAAUAAUGAACCAAUAAUGUAAAAUAUUAGAGACCGCUAUGCAAUCCAUUGGAUCUGCAAGAUGUGUCAAAUCAACGAGGAACACUCCAAUCUACUUUAUAUUUGAAUUCCUGCAUGUUUAUUCGCGUCGCGAAUUGAAUAACAGCAGGGGUUGAAAUGGGAAUUUUAUCGUAGAAUAACGACUAUUGGAUAAUAAACACCAUUGCGUGAAAAUAAUGUGGAACUUGCUGGAAAACCGUUUGCAAGAAAGCAUAGAUUAACUUCAAUAAAGUGAUCAUGGAUCCCGGUAUGAAUUACGAAAAUGUUAAUCCGGUGAAAUCUUUUCUUCCAAAGGACAUUGGUCGGCGAGGUAACAAGAAACUGUUUGAAAUGACGAUAGGUGCCAAUACAAAUACGCCAAAUGGUUGCGCCGUACAAAUGUCUGAAUGUCCUGAAUCAGAGGACAACGCAACGGAAUCCACGCCCAUGCAAGAAGGCAGUGGAAAAACGAACAAUGUACCGCAUCUCAUAUAUAAAAAUUAUCACAGACAUGGACAGUUGUCUAUCCAAGUGAAAAUAUAUAACUUUCUUGAACGGCCUACUGGAUGGAAAUGUUUUGCAUAUCAUUUCACUGUGUUUAUGAUGGUUUUGUUCUGCCUCAUUAGCAGUGUCCUAUCUACCAUCGACGAUUAUGCCGACUAUGCUAAUCACGCUUUGUUCUGGAUGGAGAUAGUUCUGGUUGUCUUUUUCGGCGUCGAGUACGUCAUUAGAUUAUGGUCGUCAGGAUGUCGCAGUAAAUACAUGGGAAUUAGAGGACGGAUUCGAUUUGCCACAAAACCAAUCUCUGUUAUUGAUUUCCUAGUGGUUGCAGCGUCAAUAGUCGUGUUCCUAAUUGGUUCAGAGGGACAGGUGUUCGCGACGUCAGCAAUAAGGGGUGUGCGGUUUCUACAGAUACUGCGCAUGCUCCACGUGGAUCGUCAAGGUGGCACGUGGCGGUUGUUAGGCUCAGUAAUUUACCUGCACAGACAGGAACUGAUCACCACGUUGUAUAUAGGUUUCCUUGGUCUCAUUUUCUCGUCUUAUUUUGUCUACUUGGCGGAAAGGGAGUUGAAUAGCCAAGACUUUAGUAGCUAUGCAGACGCUCUUUGGUGGGGCGUGAUAACGGUGAUGACCAUAGGUUAUGGGGAUAAAGUGCCGAGGACGUGGAUGGGGAAGAUUGUGGCCUCGUGUUUUGCUGUGUUUGCAAUAUCUUUCUUUGCUCUACCUGCGGGUAUACUGGGAUCAGGCUUUGCGUUGAAAGUUCAACAGAAGCAGCGUCAAAAACACUUCAACAGACAGAUCCCGGCGGCCGCUACUCUCAUUCAGUGCCUUUGGAGGGUUCACGCUGCCGAACCCGCUUCAAAAUCCGAAGCCACCUGGCGUAUACACAUUCACGACACGAGUUCGGACGAGACCGUCCUGGCCCGCAUGGCGCGGCGAGCAAGUCUGACGUUACGUAAGCGACGUUUCAGCACGCGACUCGACGCGGGGUCCCUCAGUCACGUUCCGAGGGAGAGCGUGUCUUCGUCAAUAAAUUUCGAUAACGAGAAAAUGGCCACACCAAAGUCGCACAGGCGAGACAGUUUCUGGAGCCACAGGCCCAGUAUCAUAGGCUUCAACUUUGGGAGGGACGACAUUGAUGACACAGACGCCGAAUUCGACGAACCGGAAAAAGUGGUUGUAUUGACAGAAGCUCAUAAAACAGCUAUAAGAGUUCUCCGAAAAAUUAAAUACUUCGUUGCUCGAAGGAAGUUUCAGCAAGCGCGCAAACCGUACGACGUUCGUGACGUCAUUGAGCAAUAUUCUCAAGGUCAUCUGAACAUGAUGGUGCGGAUCAAAGAACUUCAGCGCAGAAUCGACCAGUCGCUCGGAAAACCCGGUAUACUGCAAUCCAAAAGUUGCAAAGAAAGGGAACGCCAAACAAUAAGUGCUAGAGUCAUGAAAAUUGAAAGUCAGGUAUUCAAGAUGGACCAGAAGAUCGACCAGGUGCUGGUACUAUUGCAUACCUUGGUAAAGAGGCGACAAGUGGUCAACCAGGAAUCCAAGGAGGACGAAGUUUGAGAUCAUAUAAUAGAUAACCAAUCACGCAAAGUUGUGUAAAUUAAAUCUAGUUUAAUUAAACUAUGAUGUGGUGUUUUGCUCAUGAACAACGGUUUGUUUUGAGUGUUUUAUAUUAACCAUCACAAGUCUGUUUUAAACCAGGUUUUCCGAAGGAAAAAACUGGUUAUUAGAUUGGCGAAUGCGGGCGGGCUGGCUGGCUGGCUGGCGGGCUGGCUGGCUGGCUGGCGGGCUGGCGGAACAAGCUUGUCCGGGCCAUAACUAUGUCGUUCAUUGUCAUAUUUUAAAAUCAUUUGGCACAUUUGUUCACCAUCAUUGGACGGUGUGUCGCGCGAAAUAAUUACGUCGAUAUCUCCAAGGUCAAGGUCACACUUUGAUUUCAAAGGUCAAAAUUGGCAAUAAAUGAGCUUGUCUGGGCCAUAACUAUGUCAUUCAUUGUGAGAUUUUACAAUUAUUUGGCACAUUUGUUCACCAUCAUGGGACGGUGUGUCGCACGAAAGAAUCACGUCAAUAUCUCCAAUGUCAAGGUCACCACAACUUAAAAUAGAUUUAUUUUGAAACAAACUUACAAAGGGGGUUAAUUUUUUUUGUUCAUUUCAAAAUUUCAGUUUGAGUUGUCUCCCUUAAUCAGAUUUUUUUC